AUGGCCCUUGGCAAGAUGCGCGUCUUCCUGGGCUCCCAGGGUGCCCGGCGUGCCUGGCGGCCGUUGCCGAUUCAGGUCGUGGCGCGGCCGCCCUUUUCCAUGGGCGCGUCCACGGUGGCCAGCGCGCAGAAGGCCUCGAAGCCCGGGGUGUCCGGGUACCUGCUGCGGGCAGUCUGGGGAGGCGUGCGCGGGGUCUGCACCGUCACCGGAGGGGUCAGCUUGACAGCCUUCGGGCUGGUGGUUUGCCCCUACGUCACUUCCCGGUCGCCCAUCGGAGAGGAAGAGCGGGCGGCCCUCGAGCAGGACUUGCUUGGGAUUGUGGCCUUCGACGAGGGUCGGGACCUGCUGACGGCCUCGCAGCUUUGGGCCGCUGUGAGGGAGCUGCGGAUGCCGCCGGUGUCCUUCCAUGACUUGCAGCGUCCGUUCUUCUUUCACCUCUUCGAGUGGGUCGGGCGCUUUACGUUUGCGUGCUACUCUGAUGCCUCUGGCGUAAUGACCCUGGAUGAGUUCAAGUGUGCGGUUCACAAGAUGAUCGAUCUGGUCCUGGAGGUGCACAGCCAAACGCAAGGGCAGGCGGCUGCUCCUGUCGAAGCACGGGCCCAGGCAGUCCGUGAGCUGACUCAGCACGUGGUUCCCGCUGUCUUUCGUGUCCUGGACUUCGACCAAAAUGGAAACAUCGGUGCCCACGAGUUCAUUCGGGGCGCCCUCUUGCUGCUUGCAACCGUGCAGGGUGCGCCCUUGGAUACACCGCAGCUGGCAGAUUUGGCCUUUCGAGUCGUCGACACGGACGCAGAUGGCUUCGUCACCAGCGCCGAGCUGCUGCGAUGGGUGAAGCUGUCCCUGGAGCAUGAGGUGACUUCGCAAGAUCUCCUCCACGAGCCCCGAGGACCUUUCGGACUGUUUGGAACUCGAACGCUGACGCCAGCGCAGCUGGCAAAAAGAUGGCACACGGAGGCUGACUACGAUGGUGAUGGCAAGCUCCUUCCACAGGAGUUUGCAAUCCUGGCUCCGCGACUUCGCAUACAUCAGACCAUUAGUCGGAUGGCUGGGCAGUAUGCAGAGAAUCGCUUGCCAGCAGCAGCCUAG